UUAUCAGUUUAUUUUUACUAACAUAAAUGCAUUUCCAUGUUGCAUGUGGGAGACCAGAUAUAGGGAAUGCAGGGUCCGGGGAGACCAGAUAUAGUGAAUGCAGGGUCCGGGGAGACCAGAUAUAGUGAAUGCAGGGUCCUGGGAGACCGGAUAUAGUGAAUGCAGGGUCCGGGGAGACCAGAUAUAGUGAAUGCAGGGUCCUGGGAGACCAGAUAUAGUGAAUGCAGGGUCCGGGGAGACCAGAUAUAGUGAAUGCAGGGGUCCGGGGAGAGCGGAUAUAGUGAAUGCAGGGUCCGGGGAGACCAGAUAUAGUGAAUGCAGGGUCCUG